GGAAGUUUGUUCCAACUUUACUUGAGUGGGUCCACUUCUUCGAGAUCUCCUGCUCUUCCUAUCUCGAGUUGUAUUUACCAAGAUGUUUUCUCCUCCUAAUGUGGUCAGGUCUGCUCUCCUGACUUUGAGAAAUGUGUCCGGCCGAGGUCAUGUGCUGUCCGCAGCCGCUGCCAGUCGAUCACAACACUCGGGUCAGUCUGCCCCUUCACAUCGUCCGGAGACGUCCAGUGCCAAGACACUAAUGGACAUCGGGACCCGACGGAUCUUGAACGAGGACCACGACCUCUUCAGACAAAAUGUCCGCCGCUUUUUUCAAGAGGAAGUAGUACCUUACCACAGCGAGUGGGAGAAGGCGGGCCAGGUAAGCAGGGAGGUGUGGGAGAAGGCUGGCGAGCAAGGCCUGCUGGGAAUCAUGGUACCAGAGGAGCAUGGUGGCAUAGGAGGAGACCUAUUUUCUGCUGCUGUCGUGUGGGAGGAGCAAAUGUACUGCAACUGCUCAGGCCCGGGAUUCGCCUUGCACUCCGACAUUAUUUUACCUUACAUCGUCAACUACGGGACCAAGGAGCAGACUGAACGCUUCAUCCCUAAGAUUACUGCUGGGAAAAGCAUUCUUGCUAUAGCGAUGACGGAGCCUGGAGCAGGCAGUGAUCUUCAAGGUGUGAAGACGUACGCCAAGAAGGAUGGCAGUGACUGGAUUCUCAAUGGCAACAAGGUGUUCAUCUCGAACGGCUGGAUGUCAGACGUGGUGGUGGUCGUGGCCGUGACCAACCGCGAGGCGAAGACGGCGGCGCAUGGCAUCAGUCUCUUCCUCGUGGAGGAUGGAAUGAAGGGCUUCCAUAAAGGACGUAAACUGGAUAAGAUCGGUCUGAAGGCACAGGACACAGCCGAGCUGUUCUUUGAGGAUGUGCGUCUCCCAGCUGAUGCCAUCUUGGGUGAAGUCAACAAGGGUUUCUACUACCUCAUGAAUGAACUGCCUCAGGAGCGCUUGGUAAUCGCUGACAUGGCCAUAGCGAGCUGCGAGUUCAUGUUCGAGGAAACCAGGAACUAUGUGACGCAAAGGAAGGCUUUCGGCAAGACGGUCGCUCACCUACAGACUGUGCAGCACAAGCUGGCAGAGUUGAAAACUGAGAUCUGCGUGGGCCGAGCGUUUCUCGACAACUGCCUUCAGCUCCACUCUCAGAAACGCCUCGAUGCCUCCACGGCUUCCAUGGCCAAGUACUGGGCAACUGACCUUCAGAACAAAGUGGCCACUCAGUGCCUGCAGCUCCAUGGAGGCUGGGGUUACAUGUGGGAAUACCCCAUCGCCAGGGCUUUUGUCGACUCGCGUAUUCAGCCCAUCUAUGGAGGCACCAACGAGAUCAUGAAGGAGCUGAUUGCGCGCAGCAUUGUCAGACAAACCUGAGACGUUUAUAGCUUGUUUUUGCCGGGAUGCGCGGCAGGUGGGUCGGAUAGGCAGGCCGAUUUUAACACUGUGAUUAAUUGGUGAGAAUGAGAAGUGAAACUUGUCAGUAGAAUGCGGUUUGACUCAUUUUUAAUAAAUUCAGGGGGCAGUUUUGCAGCUAAUCAUGUUAGCAAACAACUAUGAUUUUGUUGUGUACUAACAAUGCUCUGUAAUUUUCUUUUAAAAUAUGUCCUGUAAUGCACUUUAAAAGGCUAUAUAAAAAAAAAAGUUUUGUUAUUAAUAUUAUAUACAAUAAAUAUACACAGUCAAGGCAUCAACAUUGAGAGCCUAGAUUGUCUCUGUAACAGUGACUGAACAGCAUCAGUUAGAAGCUAAAUGCCAACACAAACCAAACUAAAAGCUGCUUUACAAUUUUAUCCCAACAUAAGAAAAAUGUAUAUGUUGCAGUGUUCAUAGUUUGAUUCCUCUUGCUGCAUUGUGUUAUUUCAACCAGUAGAUGGCAGUAUAUGUUUACAUUUAGAGGAAUAACAACUUGAACAGGCAUCCAACACAUGCACCGGGCACCUAUAAAAUGUUCACCUUUAUUUUUAUCAUUUAUUUUUCACAUUUUCCUUUUUUAGAUUUAAAUCAUUCAACAUACAUUACUGGUACAUUGCAGUUGGGCCUUUGGGAGUCCUUUAACAGCGCAAGUCCUUCAGUGUCUGCCUAUUUGACGAUGAUUUAAAGCUGUGUCUGUGGUUUCUUCUGUUUUGUACAAUAUAAUAUGACCCCAUCUCUGUAUAAUCACCGAUCAAUAAUCAAGUCCAAAAUUUAUUCCACAAUUUUGUGAACAUAAACUGGCAAAAACACUGAAAUAGUCCAAUAUAUUGUCAAAUUAUAAAUCCCACAGCUGGGAUUUCAGAAGAAAAAAUUUAACUUAGGGGGGGAAAUGACAUCCGAUGAUCCGAUGUGGGCAUACGCUGGUAAUGUAAAGAACUGCACACAGUGACUUCUUUUUUUCAUGCCUGAGCCUAUUUCUGUUCAUGUUGAUGUGUUGUUCUCCUGCAAAGAGAAAAUUAAAUAAAAACAUGACAAGGAAAAAAAAAAUACAUUUGAAUAGUGAACCUA